AUGAAGUCGCUGGAAUUCCGCAUCCGCAAGUUGCACGUCACCAACGACACAGACAAGCGGCUACAGAAGCGGCAGCCCUCCCGACUAUACGUCAACGAGGAGGCCCUGCUCGAACUAACCGGCUCUCGCGAUGGCGGUUCCCUCGUGUACGUUGAGCGGGCCUCGUCUGCUUCAGCCUCAGCCUCUGCUUCUACCCCUACAACGCCCACCCCCCGCGAGGCCACGCUCUGGAAGGCCCCCGAGAAGCUCGACAAGACCGUCACGCAAAUGUACGACGCCUUCCGCGACGCCUGCGGAUACAAGCUUGGCGAGCAAGUCCGUAUCACCUCGCUGAAGGCUCCCUUGCCGGACGCCGAGGAGGUUGUCAUCGAGCCAGUUCCGUCUCCAGCCCAAGACGAUAAAUCCGCCCCCACUGCCCUGGCACCGGAGGACCUCGCCGGCUGGGAAUACAUGCUGGCCGGCCGGCUGUCGCAGAUCGAGCACGUCUAUGCCGGCCUGGCGUUCAAGAACCUCUUUCUGCGCGGGCCCGAGCGGUCGUUUGUCGUGACUUCUGUGAACGGGCGGAACACGGGGAACGCAAAGUACGUGGACCGGAAAACCGCCGUCAAACUUGCCACAACACCACUCGGAACCUGGAGUAGUCAUGGUGACAACAACGGCACAACAAACACAACAUCCCCCACCGGCAAGAAACUCCAAGUCACAGGCAUCCGCGGACUAGACCCCCAAAUCCGCCAACUCAACCAAAUCCUCAGUUACUUCAGCACCCCCCUCCCCUUUCACAAACAGCUCUCCUACCGCGGCAUCGUCCUCCACGGCGGCCACGGCACAGGCAAAACCAUGCUGCUCAACCACAUCGCCGCCACGGGCUGGGGCACCGUCUUCCGCAUCCAGUACAAAGACAAGCUCACCGAGAUCCAAGAGACCUUUCAGCGGGCCACACUCCAACAGCCCAGCAUCGUGCUGGUCGACCAGCUGGAGCGCCUCAUCGACAAGGACCGCAGCAACCGCGCGGCUGUGAUCCUCGCGUUGUGCGAAGCCCUCGACGCGCUGGCUGCGGAUGCGGCAGCGAAAGGGGUGUUACCCCGGGUGGUAGUCGUGGCGACUUGUUUGGACUAUACCGUGGAUGUGCCCGAGGAUCUUAAGGAGCCGCGGCGGCUGACGAGUGAGGUGUACUUGUCGCUGCCGGAUGCUAGUGGACGGAGGGAGAUUUUGGCUGCGCUGGGGUUGGGGGUUGUGCCGGAGCAGGAGGAGGAGGUGCUGCGGGAUUUGAGCGAGAGGACGCAUGCGUAUAAUGGGAAAGAUUUGUGUCGGUUGGUGGAUGAGGCGGAUUUGAUUGCUCAUGCUCGGGUUUUGACGAUAUCUCCUGAGGGUGCCCUACCCAGCAACGACACGGCCUCAUCAGACAACAACGACAGGGAGGACAAGGAUGGCAACAACGGCAACAACGGCAACAACGACAACAACGGUAACAACGGCAACAACGGCAACAACGACACCGAUAACAGUAACAACAAAAUCUAUCGCACCCCCUCCGACUACCACUCCGCCCUCCGCCUCAUCCGCCCCUCGGCAAUGCACGACAUCAACCUCAAACCACCCCCCAUCCACUGGUCCGACAUAGGCGGCCAAGAGCGCGUGAAACUCUCUCUCCGCCGCGCAGUCCGCCUCUCCACCGAACCCCCGGAGACCCUCGCCCGCUACUUCGACCGGCCCCCGAAAGGUUUCUUACUCUACGGCCCCCCGGGAUGCUCCAAAACCAUGGCCGCCCAAGCCAUGGCCACCGAGUCCGGCCUCAACUUCUUCGCCGUCAAGGGCGCCGAGCUCCUAAACAUGUACGUCGGCGAGUCGGAACGCGCCGUGCGCCGUUUGUUUCAGCGCGCUCGCGAAGUUAGUCCGAGCAUGAUUUUUUUCGAUGAAAUCGACAGUAUUGCCGGGCAACGCUCCGGUUUCUCUUCCGGUUCCUCUGGUCCCAACCGCAGCACCGGCGGAUCCUCUACAGGAGGAGGCAUCAACGUCCUCACAACCCUCCUCAACGAAAUGGACGGCUUCGAAGCGCUACACGGCGUCGUAGUACUAGCCGCCACCAACCGGCCGCAAGCCCUCGACCCAGCUCUGCUCCGCCCCGGUCGGUUCGACGAAUUGAUUUAUGUCAGCCCGCCCGACACGGCUGCGCGGCGGGCGAUUUUUGCCCAGGUGGCAUCCCGCCGGUUGAUGCAUGCUGAUGUGGAUAUUGACCGGUUGGCGGGUGCCACGGAGGGGUUUUCGGGGGCCGAGAUCAAGGGGAUUUGUGCCGCUGCUGGGGUGGUGGCUUAUGAUCGGAGCUUGGGAGGUUUAUUGACACAAGAGGGAGAGACAGAAGGGGAAGAGGAUAGGGAACCGGCGAUUAGGAUGGGGGAUUUGGAAAGGGCGAUUGGGAAUCAGAAGAGGCAGAUUACGCCCGAGAUGUUAAGGGGGUUUGAGGAGUGGGAGAAGCAGUUUCGGAAGUUUUGA